ACCACACCCACAAUACUUAAAACAGAAACCAGAACAAUAACAGAACUUCAGAACUGACUCACGCAAGGUCUGUGCUGAGGCUUACUUUGACUGCUGCAAAUGGAAAUAUUGAAAAAAAUACUUUUGACAGUGGCAGUCUGUGUGCAAGUAACGUCUCAACAGAGCACUGAGCCUACGAUUCAGAUUCCAAAGCCCACCAUUUCUCUGAACCCAACUCACAAUGUGCUGUACAGCACAGAGACGGUCACUCUGCACUGUGAGGUCCCUAAAGGAGCAUCUGAGUUACAAUACGACUGGUAUAAGGACUCUGCUAAACUCGAAACUGACCAUCAGUCCAGAAUCAAUGUGACAAAUGGUGGAAUUUAUAAAUGCAAGGCAAAAACUGGAUCUUCUGAGUCUAUAGAAAGUGAUGGGUACAAAGUAACUCUAGAAGAUCUACCUGAAGCACAAGUCACAUCAGACUGGACAGAAGCGUUUCCUGGUGAAAAAGUGUCUUUGCAGUGUGUGAUUCCUAAAUCCGAAAACUGGAUGUAUAUGUGGUACCAAGGCUCCGAAAAAAUAGACCCCACUGAUGAAACAAUCAUAAAAGACAACACUCUCACUCUCUCAGUAAAGUCCAGUCAUGAAGGGCAGUAUGCGUGUCAAGCUGAACUGAAGGACAGGACGGUGAAAACAGCAAAAAGCAAAACACAUUUGUUAACAGUUCAUGGAUCAAAGCCAACUGUCCUUUUGAAGCAAGAUCCAUCAUACCAAGAAAUCUACACCGGGGAACGAGUCGAACUCACUUGUAGUAUAAAACAGAAGACAUCAAAAUGGGAAUUUAAGUGGCAAAAAGAUUCAGUGCAAGUGAACAAUCAAGAUUCUCACACUAUCCGUAAUGCUACACUUGAUCAUCAUGGGGAAUACACUUGCAACAUAACAAGGAGAGAGAUGACAUUUGUAAAUUCCACAAAACUGAAUAUAAGAGAGCCGCCCCAACCAAAACUGUCAAUAGGUUCUCAAUGGAAAAAUUUUUAUCCAAAUGAAAAAGUGACUCUGAAGUGUUCAAUUGAUGGAGACUCAAAUGAAUGGGCCUAUGAAUGGUUUAAAGAUGGAACUCCGCUGUCAGCUAACAAGGACUUUUCCUUUUCCGGAAACACACUCUCAAUCAGCUCAGCAAAAGCGAGUCAAUCAGGACAGUAUUCCUGCAGAGGAAAACAUCUGAAGAGAACGCCAGUGACUACAAAACAAGCAGACGCUUUGAAACUUCAUAUCCAUGAUAACACACCAAAACCAGACAUUAGAAAAGAUGAGUGGUUUGAUUCCUUCUACACUGGGGAGAAAAUCCAGCUUGGUUGUAACAUGUCUGGUGAUGGUUGGCAGUAUGACUGGUAUAAAGGCUCAAAACAUUGGUCCAGAGAUCCAACCUUCACUAUCAACGUAUUAUCUCUCUCUGACACUGGUGACUAUCACUGCACAGCAAAGAGAGGAGACUUCCCAGUGAACAGUGAGUCGUUUCAAGUACAAGUUGAAGCUCGUCCACCUGCAGUUCUAAAUAUGGAGACCGAAUUGAGCGACAUCAUGGCUGGGAAUAUCCUGACCCUCAGGUGUAACGUCUCAGACGGCAGACAGUGGAGCUACGCCUGGUUCGAGAACGAACAGAGGCUCAAUGAGUCGUCAGAUGUGUUCAAAGUGGCAGCAACUGAAAAAAACAUUAAAAGUGAAUUCAAGUGCAAGGGAAUAAGGACAGAGAGACCACUGUACUCCGCUCUGAGUGAGGGCUUCACGGCCAAUAAUAUUAUAUUAAAAAGAAAAAUUCUGCUGGCCAUCUCAGGAUGUGUUGUCUGCUGUAUUGUAAUCCUGAUCAUUGGAUGCCUCGUUCUAAGAAUCACCCGUAAACCAGAGAAAAAAGAAACCGUGCCAGAGGACCUAUUUUUCUCAAUGGCAGACUCCAAGAACCAAACGGCUUUACCCAUGGAGGAGUACAAGGGGUACAACAGUCCCACAGAGAUGGAAGAAUGUGAGGAAAAAGAACUGCUCACUGAUCGUGUUUCAGACGUUCAUGUGGAUGGUGUGAUUAAAGAUGAAGACUCACCAGCGGCAGAAGCUAAUGGCCUGACAUCAUUUAAAGGAAUCUGAACCAUUAUGUCAGCAAUCAACAUCUCAAUGGAGUUUCUAUAUUUGCACUGAGGCAGCUAAAUGGCAUAUGCUUAUAUUAAAAAAGAUUGUAUUAGCAUGGCAUUUUGUCUAGUAGCAGCAGCACUUUUGUAUACUUUUAAAGGCUGAAAACAAGCUUUACUGCUUGAGAAAUGUAGAAAUUAACAGCAGUGUUUUGGAGACAGCAUGAUGCCUUAAAUGAAGACAAUGAUUGUAGGAGAGAUGAAUGAUGGACAGCAAGAAAUGACAAUUGUAGAAGGAAUAGAAGUUAUAUUUGUACAUAGUUUGAUUAAUUUGUUACUUUCAAUUACAAACAUUACAACAGGACACCAUUGAUUUUUUUGUUUUGUUUUUUAUUGUAAUGCAUCUACUGCAUUGUUUUGUUGUUAUUUUGCAUUUGCAUAUAGAACAAAAUAUUUUUCUACUGUAUUAGUGCCACCUGCUUCAAAAUAAUUAUGUAGUUUAUGCACCUUUAAUUUGAGAAAUUCUUUCUGUGUGUGUUCGUGUUUUUAGUGUGUUGGUUCUGGAUUUUUACAUUUAAAUAAACAUGUAAUAAUAAUAACAACAACAUAAAUUUCCUUUGAAUUCUAAUUAACAUUCAGGUUCUAUUUAUAUUAAGGAAAUGAGAGGACAUUAUAUUUGCACAAAACUGACUGAAAGACACACAAAGGUUUUUUUUUCUGUUCAAAAUGAACAAAGUUGAAAUAAUGAGUCCAUCAUCAAUCUUUUUGUCUUAUCCUGAUUCAUUAUGGUAUGACAUUAUGAUUUUAGACAUGAUGUGAUGGCUUUCAUUGGAAAUUGAGUGCAUACGACACUCGGCCGUGCAUGUAUCCUCAUCUAUAAAUUGAUUAAAGUUCCUUAAGUGUUCUGUAAUAUUCAGUUAUUAUGAAAAACUGUUCAAUGGAGUAAAUAAUGAAUAUUCA